AGCAGCUUCCAGAAGUGUGAGGGCCGGUAUGCUGCAAGAAUUGGUGUACCGCUUCUCCAAGCCAACUCAGACAGGGGCCUUGAGUGCACUCAGGUAACAGGAAAAAGCAAGCCGAGCUGGCCUGCACCACAAAGGGGGGGCUGGCGGCAGGCUGAGCUAGUCCGUAAUGGUACACAGCUCACGUUCCUGAUCACAAAACGCACAGCAAUGUGACCUGGAAUGUGCAGACUGACAUCAAGCAGAGUGAGCAGCGGGCGACAGGGGCAUGAAUAUCAUCACGGAAAUGUGUGCGACACUGGUGAAAGCAGCGCAGUUAACAAUACGGCAUGAGGCCCACCCGGGGGUAUGGGACUAACUGAAAUGUGAAUGCUUUUCCAACGCCAGCACGAACGCAACCCACUGUGCUCUCGUCCAUCAGCAGCCUCUGCGCAGCUCCUCUGUCAACCCUCUCCCCCUGCUCCUUUCCCUGCCACGUUUUGUCCUCACACUGUCUAACUUUGCAUGUUCACAGGCGGCGAGAGAAAUGUGGUCACAGAUAUUGCAUUGGUCGUGCUCGCUAUCAAACGAAACUAGCGUGUUUAGGAGUGUACGCUGUCGCUUUCAGACUACGAGACGCCGAAUGAAUGCUGCUUAGGAUAUAUAACCCGAGAAGAAAUUAGACAGUGGGCGGUAUGGCUGAAUCUGUAUCACCAAAACCCAACCAGCAGUUAAGCAGCCAGUAGUGGGGUGUGAUGUGCCGCUGAACGGCUCUCUCGUACCAUCUUCUGAAGUUGCCGCUUCCUGCUUGGUGGCUUUAGAGUAGACACCACUGGGCUUCAGUUACUGAGGCUAUAGACCUGUAGUCUAGUCUAGCUAUUUUUAAACCUCAGUGUCGGGCUCCUACAUUGGCCAAAUGGUCAGAGAAUCUGGGGUAUGACAGGAGAGUAUUGGGGGCAACUGUACUGGGCGAAAGUGCUGAGUGCUCACCCAGGACCAGGGAGAGGCGAAGGACAUUGGAGCUGAAACGAGCAGCGUAGAAAGAGAGAGGGAGGGGAGGAAAGAAAGACAACAGCAAAAGCUCUGCCUCUAAUGUACUGCUGAGCAGCGACGAGGCUAGAAAAAAGUGUCUACUUUCGUCUUUCGCGAAAACAGUUUUCUUCCUGUACAGUAGAGACUAUGAAAUGUAGUGGAGGGAGACUGCGCUAUGUUCGCCUGCAUCGUUUUCUGAUUCACCAAGAUGACUGUGGUGUCUCCCUGCACCCAGGGCCUGAUGGACAGCUCCCAUCCCCAGGCUCUCCUCAGCAGGCUCAAUGAGCAACGUUCUCAGGGUCUCUUCUGCGACAUCACCAUCGUGGUGGAGGAUGUGAAGUUCCGAGCCCAUCGGAACAUCCUGGCCGCCGGCAGCGGAUACUUCCGGAGCGCCUUCACCUCCCUCGAGGCUUGGACCUCCAGCCAGGUGCUGGAGCUCAUGGACCUGAGGUCUGAGGUAUUUGCCAGCAUCCUCAACUUCAUCUAUUGCUCCAAGGCUACACCCCUGGCUGACACGGAGGAAACCAGAUGCUUGGUAGCUGCUGGAAAAAGACUAGGAAUUCCCUUUUUGGAGAAACUGGCGGAACAAGAGAGGCAGGGCUUAGGCUGGCCACAGAACCAGACCUUAACCAACCCUUUAACGGCCAUGGGCUACGCUAAGCCCCAAGGACCCUGUAAAUCAAAUAAAGAGGGCUCCAGGCCAGUGGAGCCGGACGAUGCCAGAGGCCCACGGAUCACCAAUGCAUUCUCUAUCACUCAGGUGGGUCCUGGCAACCACCUCUUCACCCCACUAGACCUGCACCGCGGAGAACGGUCACCGUCUGACCGUGAACAGACUCCAGUGGACUCCCCUGCUCCCUGCCUCCUUGCGAUGAACAAUGAGCCCUUGCAGGCCCUGUCUGAGCACUCCUACGCCGUUGUCAGCCAGGGGCCCAAGUCCCCAGACCGCAUAGAUGCCAGCCAGGCGCCCAGGUCCCCAGAGUGCACAGAUGCCAGCCAGAGGGACAACAACAAUGCCACCAAGCCCACUCAGUUCCAACCAAGGCUGCUGGCCAGCAGGAACAGUGUCCCACUCAAAAAGCGCCACAGACUGCGAGCUGCGCUGAGUAAAAGUGCACGUCCCACACUGGCAUUAGCCCAGGAGCCCAUGCAGCUAACCGUGGGCAGCCCGGCAUUAACGAAGGCCUCUGUACCACCUGUUCUGACACCACCAUCAUUAUGGCCACAGACCGAUGUGCACACAGGCACAGCCAAUGACCUGCCGCUAGCCGCUGAUAAUGGCUACACCGAUCUGGAGCCGCCCCCUCUUUCACCCCACACAGAAGACAGCAUAUCAGUCUUUGGCUGUGAGCACUGUCCAGAGAUAUUCACCAAAAAAGCUCUCUUGACCGUACACACGGAAAUGCACAACAAAAGGUUUGUCAGUCAUUUGUUUUGCAAGUUUUGCUGCAGGAAGUUCAUGCACUUGAAGCGAUUGCGGAACCACGAGGCGGUGUGCCCAAAAGUACAGAGGGGCUCGCCUGUGCAUGACUCCCAGGACAAAGAGGCCAGAGUGGACUUCCAUUCUGACAAAAUGCCAUGCAUUGGCAAUACUGUACCUGAUGUCCAGCUGCCUUCUCCUGAACUUCCUGACCCUGUUCCUCCAACCGGUCUUCAAAUGAACCCUGCAUCGAAAACAAAGCAGUCUGUCGAUAGACUAGUGAAACCUGGUGGAGGCCAGAGGGUCUACAACUGCAGUGUGUGUAAACGGGCCUACGUGACCCUGUCAAGCCUGAAGCGUCACGAGAACGUGCACUCCUGGCAAAGGGCAUACCCCUGUCACUACUGCAACAAAGUGUUCGCCCUGGCCGAGUAUCGCACCAAGCAUGAGAUCUGGCACACAGGUGAGCGACGCUACCAGUGUAUAUUUUGUUUAGAGACCUUCAUGACAUACUACAUCCUGAAGAACCACCAGAAGGCCUUCCACGGAAUCGACCCCAGAUUGUCUGUAAAUAAGAAGUCAGCAAACGGUGGAUUUAAGGGCAGUGUUUACCCCAUCAAACUCUACAGGCUUCUACCAAUGAAGUUUAGAAAGAGACGGUAUAAGACCUAUAGUCAGACAUACUCCGGCGGAAUGGGAGACAGUGAACAGGCACCCCUGGGCUACAGUUCUCCCAUUCCGCCACUAGAGGAUGGCGGCGCAAUGAGCAACAACGAUGCUGCCUUGCUGUCAAUGCCCGUGACAUUCAUGGCUACCCCAAAGGCAGUAGCAUCAGAAAUGCCACGCAUCAUGUUUGAUCAGCCCCGUGACCAGGACACAUGCGCAGAUAGCCAGGACUCAGAACACAACGGGCCACCUUAUAGCUAUACAACCCCCAGGGCCACCACGCAGGCAGGUGGAGGUUCUCCUGCAUUGGACUACGGAGGAGGAGCAUUCCAAACAUUUAGCAGUUCAGAGGGCAACAGUCACACUGUGCCAUUCUUAGAAAUGAACCCGCCCAGCUCUCUGAACAGGCUAUGUUCAGCGGCAGCACAAAGAAUCGAAGCCAUGACCAGUCAGCUUUUUCUAACUGGGGCUGAGAGCCUGGCGCCUAGCAAGACAACAGGCGGGAAAACUGAAAUGUACAUUGCCAAGCCUGCGUGUCCAGGUCCCUCUGUGGAUGGUCACGUUCUGCCCCUUUGCCAGAUCACAGUGAAAAUUGGCAAUGAGGCUAUCAUCCGACGGAGGAUAAAAGGCUCCAAGCUGUUUCCCAGGAAGAGGAAAAAAAGUUGCUGGAGGCAGGAAGAGGAGAGCGGUGUGGGCCAGGGCCAGGUGCAGCCUGCAGGGGGCAGUGUGGACAUCCCCAGCCUCCGCUUCAGGACAGAAGUCUCCUCUGUUAUUGAGCCAGAGCCAUGUGAUGACCUCACAGACCGUGACACCGCUGACAAGCUCUGGCGUCCCUACUACUCUUACAAAUCAAAGAAGAAGGGCAAGAAACUGCGAUCCAAACGAAGGAAAGAGAGGCAUCGUUUCCGUUACGCCAUGACAUCGUCAGCAGCGUCGGAGCCCAGGGCAGACUACCUGACAAAGUCACGUAAACGCGAUGACGAGAGCGUCUCUGUCCAGGGCGCAGAGAUGAAACGACGUCUUAGGGACAGCAGCCAAAAAACAACGUACUCCUGUGACAUCUGCGCAAGUAACUUCAUCACUGCAUCUGGCCUGCGAGCGCACGUCAUUGGCUGCCAUCCGACUUUCUGUCGUACCUGUGGGAAGCACUGUCCCCCCGGGGAAACCCCCAGCUCCAGCUGUGGAACGGCUGAGGACAGCAGGGACUACGUGUGCAAGAGCUGCAUGGAAGACGGCUCCUGCUUUGACAACUCUGCCCGCAGCUCCAGCACAGAGAAACGGUUUCGCUGCUCCUUCUGCCCCCAGCGCUUUCUUUACCUCGCGACCAAGAAGAGCCAUGAAAAAAAACACCAGGACACAUUAGGUAAGGGAUACGGCUGUGAGGACAGAGUCCCGAAAACCCCAACAACCUAUGACCAAGGCCUAACUCUGAAAAAGCACGCCAUCAAAACAGAGGAGGAGGAGGCCCAAUAUAGCCCGGACACAGAGAGCAAAGCAUCAUCUGGAUCCCUGGGCAAUUUCUCAACAGAGACAAUGGAGUUCAAGCACGAGGAAUGGGAGGACAUCAGUGACUACAUCUCGGCGGUGUCCAAGAAGGAAAAUCCACUUCAAAUAAACAGCGAUGGACACUAUCAGAACCACAGAACAAAAUCUAAAACGAAAGCUCCAAAGUCAUCCUCCAGCACUGACACUUUCUUUUCACUUUCCCCGUCAGAGAUGCAGCAAAGAAAGUCUAAAAAACGCUUUAAACACAAAGCACAACAUCAGACCAGUCUCACUUCCAAGCGGCGGAGGGAAGUAGACUGUAUGGAUAGGGAGACAACCAGCCAUAAGGCCGUUAUGACCACACCAGGAGCAGAGAAUCAUUUUAGCUAUGGACAGUCUUCACCUAUAUAUGUAAUAAGAGACUCUGUCACUAGGGGAACCUUUCCCUCAGCAGUGUCAGAGAAGCACACAUAAAAUGCAAAGAGGAGCCCUUUCCACAAACAUGCAACUUAUCAUUCUGGUGGUAAAUACUCGUAUAUAUACCCUUCACCUACAGUCAAACAUAUAAGUCAACACAACACAAGCUGUUCUUGAUUUAGACACGUUUCCCUGAAACCAUGAACCAAACU